AUGGGUGUUCUAGAAGUUCUAAAGAGAAAGUCCGGUGUCAUCGUCGGCGAAGAUGUCAAAGCUUUGUUCGACUACGCUACCGAACACAAGUUCGCCAUCCCAGCCAUCAACGUCACCACCUCUUCCACCGUCAUCGCCGCUCUAGAAGCCGCCAGAGACAACAAGUCCCCAAUCAUCCUACAAACCUCCAACGGUGGUGCCGCCUACUUCGCCGGUAAGGGUGUCUCCAACGAGGGCCAAAAGGCUUCCAUCGAAGGUGCCGUCGCCGCUGCUCACUACAUCAGAGCCGUUGCCCCAUCUUACGGUAUCCCAGUUGUUCUUCACUCCGACCACUGUGCCAAGAAGCUUCUACCUUGGUACGACGGUAUGCUUGAAGCCGAUGAGGCCUACUUCAAGCUACACGGUGAACCUCUAUUCUCCUCCCACAUGCUUGACCUUUCCGAGGAACCAGACAACGAGAACCUUGAGAUCUGUGUCAAAUAUUUCACCAGAAUGUCCAAGAUGAACCAAUGGCUAGAAAUGGAAAUCGGUAUCACCGGUGGUGAAGAAGACGGUGUCAACAACGAACACGUCUCCCGUGAGGACUUGUACACCAAGCCAGAGACCGUUUUCGCCGUUCACGAGGCCCUAGCUCCUAUCUCUCCUAACUUCUCGAUCGCCGCCGCCUUCGGCAAUGUCCACGGUGUGUAUCAAGCAGGAAACGUUGAAUUGAGACCAGAGAUUUUGGGUGGUUUCCAGAAGUACGCUGCCGAGCAAUUGAAGGCUCCAGCUGGCUCCAAGCCAUUGUACCUAGUCUUCCACGGUGGUUCCGGUUCUUCUCAGCAAGAAUUUAACACUGCCAUUGAGAGCGGUGCCGUCAAGGUCAACGUCGACACUGACUGUCAGUUCGCCUACUUGGAAGGUAUCAGAGACUACGUGUUGAAGAACAAGGACUACCUAAUGACACAAGUUGGUAACCCAACUGACCCAUCUGGUCCUAACAAGAAGAAGUACGACCCAAGAGUGUGGGUCAGAGAGGGUGAGAAGACCAUGUCCAAGAGAAUUGUUGAAUGCUUGGAAAUCUUCCACACUGUCAACCAAUUGUAA